GCGGGGCCGCGCGCGCUCGCGGCCGCCGCCCGGCCCAGGCUGCGGGCGGAGCGGGCCCAGGCCCGGCCCGGCCCCGGCGCCGAGUCCCGCGGGCCCGGCGCACCCCGGGCCUGCACAGUUAUCUGUGAAUGCACUUAGCUGAAUAUGGAUCCAGGUGGCGGAAGUUUGGGAUUGCAAACACAAGAAUCCAAAAUGCCUCACACUAUGAUUAUGCAGGAUUUUGUGGCUGGAAUGGCUGGCACUGCCCACAUCGAUGGAGACCACAUUGUGGUGUCCGUGCCCGAAGCUGUCCUGGUGUCCGAUGUCGUCACGGAUGACGGGAUCACUCUGGAUCACGGCCUGGCAGCUGAGGUUGUCCAGGGGCCCGACAUCAUCACGGAAACCGACGUUGUCACGGAGGGGGUCAUUGUCCCCGACUCUGUGCUGGAGGCUGACGUUGCCAUCGAAGAGGCUUUGGACACCAGUGACCACGUGUUGACUUCCGACCUCAUCACAGAAACCGUCAGAGUGCCCGACCAGGUGUUCGUGGCCGACCUCGUCGCGGGUGCCGAGGGACACUUGGAGCACGUGGUGCAGGACUCUGUGUCCGGAGCCACCUCCCCGACCGUGGUGUCGGAGGAGGUCCUGGUGACGAACUCGGACUCGGAAGCGGUCAUCCAGGCAGCUGGGACUGUGCCUGGCUCCACAGUGACCAUCAAAGCAGAGGAUGACGAUGAUGGCAAGAGCACGUCUGAAGACUACUUAAUGAUAUCUUUGGAUGAUGUUGGGGAGAAGUUGGACCACAUGGGAAGCACUCCCUUGAAGAUCAGCACCGAGGUGGCGAACGAUGACGUUGCCAAAGAUGACGGGUUUGGCUCAGAAGUUAUCAAAGUGUACAUAUUUAAAGCUGAAGCUGAAGAUGAUGUUGAAAUAGGUGGGACAGAAAUUGUCACUGAGAGUGACUUUCACAAUGGCCAUUCUGUAGCUGGAGUGAUUGAGCAAGGUGGUGUUGGGAGAAUGCAACGAGAAAAAAUGGUUUACAUGGCUGUUAAGGACUCCUCUCAGGAAGAUGAAGAUAUUAGCUGUGCUGAAAUAGCAGAUGAAGUUUAUAUGGAAGUUAUUGUAGGUGAAGAAGAAGCUACAUCCCUUCCAGACACCCAACUCGAGGACUCUGGCGUGAAUAAAACGUUUGUCCCUGUUGCUUGGGCUGCUGCUUACGGAGAUGAAAGAAGGCUUCCCCGAAGAUACGAAGAUGGUCAAGCGGCAGGAAAUAACUUGGAUACACGAUUAGAAAACAAAAACGGUAAUGCAACACAGUACCUGCAGAUUUGUGAUAGCAUUGGCACUAAUAGAGUGCUCAAACAAAAAGCCAAGAAAAGGAGGAGAGGAGAGGCCAGGCAAUGGCAAACAGCUGUUAUAAUAGGUCCUGAUGGACAGCCCUUAACAGUUUACCCUUGUCAUAUUUGUGGGAAAAAAUUUAAAUCCAGAGGAUUCUUGAAAAGGCAUAUGAAGAACCAUCCCGAUCAUAUGAUUAAGAAGAAGUACCAGUGUACAGACUGUGACUUUACAACUAACAAAAAAGUAAGUUUCCACAAUCAUCUGGAAAGCCAUAAACUUAUAAAUAAGGUUGAUAAAACGCACGAGUUUACGGAGUACACGAGAAGAUACAGAGAAGCGAGCCCCUUGAGUUCCAACAAACUCAUCCUGAGGGACAAGGAGCCCAAGCUACACAAGUGCAAAUAUUGCGACUAUGAGACUGCAGAGCAGGGACUACUCAACAGGCAUCUGCUGGCAGUCCAUAGCAAGAACUUCCCUCACGUGUGCGUGGAGUGCGGGAAGGGAUUCCGCCACCCCUCGGAGCUGAAAAAGCACAUGAGGACCCACACGGGGGAAAAGCCAUACCAGUGUCAGCACUGUGUGUUCAGGUGUGCUGACCAGUCCAACCUGAAAACUCACAUCAAAACCAAACACGGCACCGACCUGCCCUUUAAGUGUGAGCACUGUCCCCAGGCCUUCGCCGACGAGAAGGAGCUGCAGCAGCACAUGGAGUUGUUCCAAGGGCACAAGACUCACCAGUGUCCCCACUGUGACCACAAGAGCACCAAUUCCAGUGACCUGAAGCGACACAUUAUCUCGGUUCACACGAAGGACUUCCCCCACAAGUGUGAGGUGUGCGAGAAGGGCUUCCACCGGCCCUCCGAGCUCAAAAAGCAUAGUGAGACCCACAAAGGGAAAAAGAUCCACCAGUGCAGGCACUGUGACUUCAAAACCUCAGAUCCUUUUGUACUUAGCGGGCACAUCCUCUCAGUUCACACCAAGGACCUGCCUUUUAAAUGCAAACGGUGUAAAAGAGGCUUUAGGCAGCAGAACGAACUGAAGAAGCACAUGAAGACCCACAGCGGGAGGAAGGUGUACCAGUGCCAGUAUUGCGAGUACAGCACCACGGACGCGUCGGGCUUCAAGCGGCACGUCAUCUCCAUCCACACCAAGGACUACCCCCACAGGUGUGAGUAUUGCAAAAAGGGCUUCCGCAGGCCCUCCGAGAAAAAUCAGCACAUCAUGAGGCACCACAAGGAGGCCAUAAUGUGACAGAGGAGCUGCAGAAGGAGGCGGUGUAGAAACUGUGAUAAUGCUAAUUGGGGAAAAAAAUAAAUCUCACGAACUGUUUCUCCUGGUUUCAAAGCUUGAUAUUAAACCAUAACUUUACAUUCUUUGUAUUAAAAGUCUUAAAAGUAUUAGGGUUGGCAGGGGAUCUCAUAGCCCUAUGAUUGUUGCUUAUCAGAACCUAAAGAGCACUAUAGAAUGGAGAGGUUGGAUGAAUGUCUUAAAGUUGCAGAAAGAUGGAUGAAUGUCUUCAGGUGAACAGUUAUUUCCCAUGGCUAAGUACAGAAGACAGAGCAGAGCUGAUUGUGUGACCCAUUUUGUCAGUAACAUUUGUCUCCAAUAUGAAAACAGUUCAGAGUCGUGGUGGGGUGAGUUACAAAAGGUUUGCAAAGGAGCCCAGUCCUCACUUCUUGUGCAGUUUUGAACGGGGGGGUUCAGUCAGUCACUUCAUCCCAACGUUUUAAUUGUGCCUAGAAAUUGAAUUCCAGAACUGCUCAAAUUUGCGGGGGUUGUCCCUUGUUUGGUUUGAUUUUUUUUUUUAAUUUUUUUUUUUUGAACAUUUCAUCAGGAAACUUUUUGGUUUCCUUUAAUAGUUUAGGUCCAAGAAGCAUUUUUUUACUGGUUUUCAAAGCUGCUAACCUAUUUUAUUGCAGGAUUUGAUGUUUGAAAUAGAGCACUAUGUUAUGGUCUCAGAGGUGGUGUUCUGGUGCUAGGGUUAAAGAUAUAUAUGUACAUAAUUUCCCUUUUUUUAUCUGAAACUACAGUUGAAUGUUGUUCAGUAUGGCACAUAUAACAAAAUUAACUUUGAAUUUGACUUUUUUUUAAGGAUAAAAUGGAUGCAGCUCAUAGUGUUGUGACUCAACACUAAUUUUUCUUCUCGCUACUUUAAAAAUCUUCUUUAAAAAGAAUAUUAAAAACAGUUGAAAACUGUAGAGUUUUGUUUUUUUUUUUUUUAAUUAAAAUUCAGAGUACUUAGAAGUUCUUUAGGGCAGUGUUCUUAACAGGUAUGACAAUUACUGUCCUACCUCCUAAUAGGAAAUUUUCCAUAUAGACAUAAAAUUGCACCUUUCGAUGGAUUCUUUUUAAAAUAAAAAGAUCUAUACCAUGCUAUAAACAUGCAUUUUCAAUCUGUAAGAAAGUAUAUAUGCAGUAUUUAACCAGAAAAAUCUGCUGCCACUAGAGUUUGGAGGUGGAUCUUGAGUUUACAGUGUAUACAUUUAAAAUAUGCAUCCCUUUACAAUGCUUUGUGUUAGCAUGCUGCAGAUCCAAUGGCGCUUAUAUAACGAGCUGGUCUAGGGCUAUUUAAUGAAAAACCUGGUCAUAAAUGUUAUGCAUAUAAUGUGUAUUUUUUACUUUUUUAGUUGCUUCAUGUUUGCACACAGCUGUUCACAUGAGAAAUUAUAACUUCAUGCUAUAUUGUGGCUUUGUGUUCCAGAUAAUGUUCAUAUUUUGUUGGGGGUUUUUUUUGCACCAGAUGAGAAUCAGUUCCUUGAGAAUAAAUUUUUUUUAUAUUUCUAAACUUCAGAAAGUUAAAUUUGGGAAAUCUCUUAGACAAAUACGUGUUUUAUGUGGCUGUAAAAAAUGAUGUACACGCUGUAAAAUAAGAUUGUCACUGUUCUGUGGGAUUAUUAUUUCUAAAUGUGUUACUCAUCGUAACGGGCAUACAAUAAAACGCAUCUCUUGCACUCCAAAUGUUUUGGAGUUUGCUUUUCA